AUGCGUUCUUUCGUGACUCUCUUGCUAUUUGGGCUGGCUGUAUCAGCAGCUAUCACGAACGAAACCACGUAUGAUUAUGUCAUUGCUGGAGGUGGUACAACAGGCCUAGUCAUUGCAAACAGGUUGAGUGAAGAUCAAAACAAGACAGUCUUGGUCAUCGAAAAUGGCGCUCUCAGCAACAGCACCCUCUCCAGCAUCCCCGGAAAUUCAGGUGGCUUGAACCUCGCAGCCAUGUACGACAUCUAUAGCGCUCCAGUCCCAGCCCUCGGUAAUCAGACAUUUCUGGUAACUGUCGGUAACGUCGUUGGUGGCGGCUCAUUCGUAAACGGCAUGCAAUUCGAUCGCGGUGCCGAUGCCGACUACGAUGCUUGGGCGGAGCUGGGAAACAAAGGCUGGGACUGGCAGGGUCUGAAACCGUACUUUAUGAAAAGCAAUCACUUCGACGCACCAUCAAAUGAGACUACCGAGGAAUUCGGCAUCGAGUAUGAUGUGAAGGCCUACGGAAGUGGCCCGCUCAAGGUUUCUAUUCCGGACUACCAGUUUCCUGAUAUGAAGACCAUAUAUCACUCUUGGGAUAAUGUUGAUAUUCCUCAUCCGCAAGAAGGUUUCUCGGAGCCUGUUGGUCAUUAUUGGUCGCCAAACUCGAUUGACAAAGCCACUGCUAUGCGUUCUACCGCACGCACAGCGUACUAUGAUCCCGUCGUGUCGCGUAAGAAUCUCAAGCUAUUGACGGAAACGCAUGUUGACGAGAUCACUUUCUCAAAGGACAAGGCUGGUGUCUUGAGAGCGACUGGAGUCAAAUAUACGCCAAAGAGUAGUAACGAGCAGACUCAAGUCUUCGCAGCAAAAGAAGUCAUUCUCGCCGCUGGAGGUGUGUUUACACCACACCUGCUCAUGUACUCUGGUAUUGGACCCAAAGAUGUACUUGAGGCCGCAGGUGUUACUGUCAAGAAGGACCUCCCAGCAGUUGGCUCCAAUUUCCAAGACCAUAUUGCCAACUACAUGAAUUUCGAUCUGCAAAACCUAGACACAGAGAACAUGGGUGCCCUCAGCACCAACGCGACUUUCAACCAAACAGCAUACGCCGAGUAUUCAAAGUCACGCACUGGUCCCUAUUCCACCGGCAAAUCCAACGGCCUCAUCUUCCUCGCCCUCCAACACUUCUCCCCAUCCUUCAACGCCACAGUCUCAAAACUCCAUUCUCAAACAGCUACACACUUCCUCCCAGAACGCUACUCCACCAACGCCCAACUCCUCGCCGGCUUCACCGCCCAACGCGCCAUCCUCGCCACGCAAUUCUCCCGCACCACCGCCGCCGUCGGCGAAAUCGUAAUCCAGCCCGGCGGCCUCUCCGGCAUCGCAAACAACAAACCCCUCUCUCGCGGCACCAUUACACUAAACACCACGCAUCCCGCUGCCUACCCCAUCGUCCAAUGGAACACCUUCCAAAACCCCAUCGACGCAGACGUCAUGGUGGCGCUCACGCGAUUCAACCGUGCUCACUGGGCAUCCUCACUCGCACUUUCUCGCUACAGCCCCGUGGAAACCAGCCCGGGGGCGCAGUAUCAGAGCGACGAGGAGAUUAUCCAGGGAAGUCUAAGGUCAGGGUCGCUGCAACCGUCGUUUGCGCAUCCGAGCGGCGGGUGCAGUAUGAUGCCGGAGGCGUUGGGGGGUUGUGUUAGCGAUGAGUUGUUGGUGUAUGGAGUGCAGGGGUUGAGUGUUGUGGAUGCGAGUAUUUUGCCCAUGAUUCCUGCGGCCCAUUUGCAGGCCACUAUGUAUGCGGUUGCGGAGAAGGCGGCGGAUUUGAUAAAAGGGAGGGGUUAA